AUGACUGAAAACUCUUCAGAAAAACAAAUAAAUGGAUCGACAAUUGAACAAAAGUUGUCUGAAAAAAAGAAGGCAAUUCGCCGUAAACAUCGUAGAAUACUUCGUGUAUACCAAGCUCUAAAUCGUUCCAGAAAUUUGCUUGUUGCUCUAUCUUGCCUAUUAUUGAGUAUUUUGAUCACAUAUUUCAUUCAUAAUCCCUAUGCUAGUUAUCUUCCGAUCAUAUCAAUAGCUAUUUAUCAAUGGUAUACAUCGUAUACAAGAAAGACACGUUCAUAUUAUGGUUUAUGUCGAUUAUUAUUAUAUAUAUUAAUUAUUAGUUUAUGGGAUAUAUUUAUAAUAAGGAUUAUUAUUCAAAGUAUUGCUAGAUUAUUAGGAUAUCGUCAUAUACCAAUAGAAAAAAUUCAAUACUUCUUUCCAUAUGUAUUAAUAUUUGCUGGUUUUGCUCGAAGUGCACAUCCUAUGAAAUUAAAUGAUAAAAGACGUUAUAUUAUCCAUUUAUUAUAUGAUAUACCAGCAUAUUUAUUAGUAAUUGUUUUUAAAUUAUUAAAUCACCCAUUAAAUUCAUUAUAUAGUCAAAUAACACCAUAUUGUUAUUUAGGUUGUUUACCUACUGCAGUUGAUGUGGAAACAUUAAAUAAGAUAGGAAUUAAAUAUGUUGUUAAUAUGUGUGCUGAAUAUUUAGGUCCACGUAAAGCAUAUGCAAAAUAUAGUAUAAAACAAUUACGUUUACCUACUAUAGAUUGUACAUUGCCAUCAUUACAAUCAAUAGAAAAAGCAAUUAAAUUUAUGAAUGAAGCUUAUACAAAUAAUGAAAAGAUCUUUGUCCAUUGUAAAGCUGGUAUGGGAAGAAGUGCUACUAUUGUAUUAUGUCAUCUGGUUGCUAAUGAAAAAAUGUCAGCGGAUGAUGCAUUAAAAUUAAUUAAAGAAAAAAGACCUGAAGUAACGGCUACUAUUAUCGAUUUCGAAUGUGUCAAGCAAUUUGUAGACUCGCUGAAAAAUGAGUUAGAAAAAUAG